AUCACUAGAUUGGCAACACUGAUAAUGGAGAGCUCGCAAUUGACUGCAGAAAAUAUUUUAUGCCAUCUGCGUCAAAAUCGUUCGAAUAAAAAAGAUUUGCAAAUUUUAACACUAUUAGAAAUCGCAGAAAAAAAUGGUUGUGAAAAUAAAACUCAACAAUAUAAAAUUCUUGAAGAGUUCUUCCAAAUACUUACUAGUGCCACCACGAAACGUACGACAAUUGAUGAUGCCAUCGGUAGUGUUAUUUGGUUAACAUAUUUGCAGGAGCAAAAUAAACUUCCCAGUUUGAACGAAUCUCAAUUCAAAAAUGCGUUGGAAUGGAUUUUGGAGCAAUAUCAAUCUAUUGAAAAUAACAUAGAUUCUGUUUGCAGAAUAUUAAUUGCUCUGGGCAGUCUUUUUUUAUUACAUCCGGCUAAUGGUGAUAAAUAUUUUGUUCGGACGCUUAAGGUUAUAUUAAGGCAUAUUUCAUGUCAUACGGAUGCCUUUCUUUUGAUAACUGCUUUACAAAGUAUGGACAAACUUCUGAGUACUUUAAACGAUGUAAAACUUUCAGAAGAACAAAGUGCAGCCUGUAACGAAGCUGGUCAUAAAUUAUUGCAACUGCACUAUGGUGACACAAAGAUUGUUGUGAACAGUUUUAACGUAUCAGUUGUGAUUCUAUGUACUUUACAAACAUUGCAUAAAAUAGUUACUCUUGAUUCGAAUUUCGCCAAACUUCAGGUUUCUGAAUUGUUUGGACUAUCAAAGACAUAUUUUCAUUUUGGUGUUGAUGCGAGUGAACCAGCUUUAUUAAGGCCACAAAAGGUUUCUAUGUCGCAGCAGACUCUUUACGAUUCGGCGGAAGAAAUUGAAACAGUUAUAAAUUCAGAAAAUGCACGAAGUUGUGGGGGAAAAACACCUAAAACUCGGAAACCUAGGGCAGUCGCAAAAAAUACACGUUUGAAUGAGUAUAAAACAGUUAAUCCUACACCCGAAAACCGAACUGACACCUUAGUAUUCGAUAUGAAAAUAAGCGACUCUGAGGUGUCUGAACCGGAAAAUGCCACGAAUCGUAUUUUGUUUGAGCGAAGCAGAAACGCAAAGAUCCGACUUGCUUCUAUUAGCUUAGUUGGUGCAAUAUCAAGACUUCUAGAGCGUAAAACACUUUUUGGAUAUUGGCACGCAUUAUUCCCGAAUGGAACAGCUGACUCAAUUGACAAUUUACUAUAUAUUGCCCAACAUGAUCCUAAUUUACGGUGUCGCAGUGCAGCUCUACAAGUUUGUGCUCAUCUACUUUACGGAUCGAAAGGCUUUUUGCACCAGGCUGAAAUUAACGUCAAACGAUGUCCAACAACAUUUAUACCACUUUCAGUAAGCUUAGGAUAUAGAGUACUCGCCAUUUUCAAAUCACUUGCUACAAUACUAUCUUCAGAAUCAUCGCUGCCUGUGUUGACGCAGGCCCUCAAAUGUCUAGCGGUUUUAGUACAGGCAUCCCCAUUCCAACAGUUUGAAAAAGGUUUUGUGCAAAACUUUGUGAGAGAUGUUAAACCCCUAGUUUAUCAUCGUGAUGCAGCCGUUCAGGUAUCUGCUCUAAUGGUAAUGGAAUUUUUGGUAGCCUUGCCGGAAACAACAGGCGACAUUGCCGAAGCUGUAGGACUUCCGCCAGAGGCAGCAACGAAAAAGAGAUCAAAAUUACAACAUUUGACUGACAAAGAAGAUGAUAUUGUUGAUAUUGAGGAAUUUGUUGAAUCCGAGGAGGACAUUUGCGAUGAUCAAAAUACAGAUGGAGCAACAAAUGAAAACUUCAAUAUAACUCAUAGUACAGAGGGUACGUCUUGGUUACUGAGGCGCGUAUUGUAUAAUUUAACCAAGCAUGAGAAAGUGUUGGCUACCGCAGUGCGUAUCGAAAGUCUGCAAGUCCUAAUAGUAAUGAGUUCACAUUUUGCAAUGAUUAAGCCACACUUGACAAGGGUAUCGGACGUAUUGCAGCACAGUUUAAACGAUAUAUUGCCAGAUGUACGCCUGUAUGCUGCACGAUGUAUUGAUGCAUGUGCUUACGAAAUUAGUCGUUAUCUAUUGGAUAAUGCAUCGUGUUCUGAAAUUGAAAUACGUGAAUGCUAUAAAUUUUGGUCGACUAUGAUGCCAAUUGUUGUGGGUCACAUUGCACGAGAUUCUGAAGAAAUGACAACGGUGCGCAUUACCUUGUGCGAUGCCCUAUCAAACAUUGGUGUUCUAAUGUAUGAACAUACUCCACACCCCAGCCAAAUUAGUCUGCUGAGUUUUUUAUCAGGCGUUAGUAGUGACAGUUCAGAAGAUACCAUAGUACGAGCAGCUGCAGUUAGAGCUUUGGCUGUAUUCGCUUUAUACCCAUCAUUACGCGGUGAUUUAGUUUUUAUAGAAAAUACUGCAGAAUUAACACUUCGUCUAGUAAAAGAUUCGAAUUUGGUGGUACGUGUAAAGAGUUUCUGGUCUCUUGGGAAUAUAAGUGAUGCUCUUAUUGAGAAGGGAACAACAGAGGUGUCGCAUCUAAGACAGGAACGAAUUUCGGAUGACUUGCUUUAUCGUCUUAUAACUGCAGCGACCACGGCUUGUAGCGACAACGACAAGGUCCGUUGCAAUGCUGUACGAACUUUAGGAAAUCUCUUGAGAUUAUUGACCGACGAACAUUUCAGCAGCGAGAAUAAAAAAUUUAAUUGGGGCCAAACAUUUGCAAAAUCCAUUUGUAAGCUAACCGAUUGUAUUCGGUCGUCGGGCAAUGCCAAAGUAAAAUGGAACACUUGCUACGCAAUUAGCAAUCUAAUGCGUAAUCGCACCAUAUUCAAAGUGGGCGAUCUAAAUUGGCAGGAAACACUCUAUUCGGCUUUAUGUCACGUAAUCGUCCAUCAUUCCAACUUCAAAGUAAGAAUUAACGCCUCGACCGCCAUUACAAAUAUUACAGAGAGGUCACAUUUCGGUGUUUAUUAUGAAAAGUUUUGGUCGUCUGUGUUGGAGGCAAUAGAGCAAUCGUAUAAUUUGGAUAGUUUCCACGAAUACAAUCAUCGCGACAGUCUUCAGGAACAGCUCUGCUUGGCUCUAUCCCACCUUAUUAGGCUUGCCAGCAAUGAUGAUUUGCCAUUGCUAAAGAAACAUAUUUUGCCGCAUGUAGAAAUUAUACGCAACACCUGGAAACGUGUCAUAAAUCGUAUGGUACCCGAAAAGGCAGCACCCCUCUUAUCCUGUCCAGUUGUUUUGCUAGAGCGCGGUAAACUUCACAACGCCUUGUCCGUGGAACAAAAGAAUACUAUAGAAUUUUUAACAGAAAUAUUUAGCACAGAAUAGAAAUAAUAACACAUUCGUCGUUCGAUAUAUUUGUUUGUAAUUAUAUUAUAUUUUUCAUUUUUAUUUCAACAUUUUGGCAAUAAAAUAUUUCUUUGUAUGUAUUACGUACUAGAAAUAAAACUAGAA